AUGAGCAAUUUGAAAAAUAUAUUUAGCUUUUUCAAAUCAAACGAAAAUGGUGAUGACCAAAAUGCCCAAACGUACCUGAACAACCCAGAAGAAUUAAAUGAGCAAAAUGAAAAAGAUGAAAAGGACAAAUCUUCGAUCGAAAGCAUACAAAAAGACAUAUCCAAUUUGCAAAAACUUUUUAGAACAAUUCAGAAUGAUGAAGAAAGCGAAAAAGGAAAAAAAAAUAAAAGAAAAAAAAAUGUUAGUGAAAAUAUUUCACUUCAUGAACAUAAAUUAGUUAGCAACGAAAAUACAGAUUCUACAGAUAAUGAAAUAAACGAAAUCGGAAAUAUGGAUAUAGAAAAUGUUAAUACUAUUUUUAAUAUUAAUAAUAAAUCGCAAAAUGAUACUAAUAAAAUCAUUUUAGAAUUAAAAAAUGCAUUAAAUAUUAACGAAAAACCAAAUGCAGUUAAAAUAAUCAAUGGAAUAAGUCAAGAUGAAAUAAAUGUAUUAGAUAAUUGGUAUAUUUUAAAUAAAAUAAAAAUUAUUCCAUGCUUAUUUGAAGAUAAACCAUUAAAUUCUGGACUAUUAAAUACAUUAUAUUCUAUUGAUCCGUCCUUUAAAAAUAAAAAAAUUAAAAUAAUUCGAUACUUAAAAUAUACUAAAAAAGUAUAUGAACAAUUAUUAAAAAAAUGCUCAGAAAUAAAUAAAGAAGAAAGAAAGGAAUUUUGUGAAAAUACUAUUUUAAAUAUUAUUAAAAAUGAUAUCCAAAAUUUAAAAGACAAAAAUUUCAUGAAACAAGUUAUCUUAUUAAUUAAUAAAGAAAAAAAUUAUAUAAAUCUAAAAUUUUAUUUUCAAUUUUUAUUAAAUUCAUCUAUAGAUUUUUAUGAUUUAUUUAUUGAACUAAAUGGAAUAGAAUCUAUAAAAAUUAUUUUACAAAAUUUAGCAAAAAAAAAUAUUAUUAAAAAAUAUAUUCCUCUAAUAAUUCAAAUAUUUAAUUUAUUAAAAAAAUUGAAUAUGACACUACAUCUUUUAAAAACUACCUUAAUUGGAAUUCCUAUAAACCUAAUUGCUAAAAAUAAAAAAGAUAUUAGAAAUAAUCUUAAUUAUGUUACUGAUAAUCCUCAAGUUCAAAAUAUAGCACAAGAAAUAGUAAACAAUUGGAGGAUUAUACGUGACGAAACUAUAAAAGAAAUUAAAAAAGAAACAAAUCAAUCAUUAAAAAAAAUACAAGAUAAAGAUAUUCAUGAAAUAACAAAUGAAAGUGAUUUAAAACAAGGUUUGAAUAAUUGUACUAUUACACAUUCUUUACAAUAUGAUAACGAAAUAAAUUCUGAUAAAAAAAAAAUAAAUAAUUCAAAAAAUAAAAAUAACACACACAAUGAAGGAAAAAAUAUUAUGCUAGAAAUUAUUGAUACAUUAAAUGAAGAAUAUGAAAAAAAAAAAAAAAGACAUUUAGAAUAUAAAAAAGCCAAAAUAGAAGGAAAAAUUAAAAAAUUCAGUGCGUUGAAUAAUAAUAAUGAUAAUAAUAAAAAUAAAUAUUUAUUAAAUGAUAUAAUUAAUAUUCAAAAAGAUGUGCAAUUACAACAAGCCAUAAAACAAAAAGAUAAACACAUAAACAAUUUAUAUUCUGUACGAAGUAAAUUUGACACAAAUAAAAAUGUUAUGAACAAUUAUGAUUAUAUGAAUAAUAAUGUAAAAAAUCAUAACUCAAUUGACUUUCAAAAUGAAAAAAAUAUUAACAAUUCUAACAUUACAAUGGAUAUAAACCAAUAUAAUUUAAAUAAAAAUCGAGAACAUUAUUCAGACAAUCGUUCAUAUUCAAAUAAAUACAACACCUUUAAAAAUGAAAAUUUUAAAAAUGACAACUUUAAAAACAACCAAAUUGUAAAUCAAACUCACUAUAAUUAUUCUAGCAAAAGCGGAAUGAACAAUAACUCAAAUUAUUUAAAACAAAAAAAAGUAUUUUCAAAUUCUUCACAUAAGUAUGAUGAAUAUAACGAAACAAAAAUGUAUGAACGAGAUUAUAUGUCAAAUAAAAAUUAUAAUGAGCGAUAUAAUAAAUUUCAAAAUAAAAGAAAAAAUAAACAAUAUUAUGAUAACUAUCCAAAUAAAUUUUCAAAUAAUAUAAUAGAAUUAAAUAAAGAAAAUGAACCACACAUAAAUAACAUACCAUUUUCGUCAAAUCCUAAUGGUAUUUCAAAUUACACAAAUCCAAGUUCUAUUGAUAGAAAUACAGUAUUUAAUGAUAUCCCUAUAAUAAAUAAACAUAAUGAUGAAAUAAAAAAUAUAAACAAUUUAUUUUACAACAAUAAUAAAGAAGAAUUACAAAAUUCUUUAAAUACUAUUUUCAAAUGUUAUACAGAAUUUGAAAAAAUAAAAGAAAAUCAUCAAUCUGUUAUUUCAUCUAUUUAUUAUCCUUCAAACUUAUAUGAUGAUGCAGACAUUUCUAAAACGGAUAUAAUCAUAAAAUUUAAUUAUAAUAAAUUAAAUAAAGUAUCAAUAUAUUUAAAAUAUAAUAAUAUAUUAGAUACGUCAAUACAUAAUGAUUCAAAUAUUAUAAACAAUAAUUUUAAUCCUUUUUCAAUACCUGAAUUAUUUCCACCGUCAAAUUUAAAUAUGCUUAAGUUACCUUUUAUCCCUAUUAUAUCAAAUUUUACAAAAACACAAAAUAUAUCAUCUAACAUUUUUCCAAAUAACAAUCAAAUUAUUCAAUCAUCAAUUUCUGAAAAUUAUAAUAGAAAUCCAAUUCAGCCAUUGCUCCCAAAUAAAAUAUAUAACACCUUAGAUGAAUUUAUUAACAUUUUUGAUGACAAUAUUAAACAAAUUCUUCUCAAAAACAUAGAUCUAGCCAAUUUGUUAAUGAGCAAGCCUGAUGUUGUAAACAAAAUGCUUAAGGGACCUCAAUAUAUUAAUGAAGCUUUAUGUUCAUUGGAAGAAGAGUUGAAAAGCUGGGGAAAGCCAAAUAUAAUUUCUUAA